CACGAAAAGGACGCAUUGUGUUGGAACUUCUCUGCGAAGUCCGAAUCAAGUAUGUAUGAUUCAGAAUGCCUGGCGAGACUAAAUAGCACAGAAGAUACUGUAGGAAUAUUAUUUGAAUUAAACGUAUCUUAUCUAAGAUCGUCGACUGGUGAAAAAAGUGAAGUUAGCUGUGGAUGGUGCUUAUURAAACUAUUCGAAGAUACUGGGAUACCUGCUCCUAACAAAAAUUUUGAGCUGCCAGUCAAUGGUGGAACGCCGUUYGACGAAAACUACAUUGAAUUGGAUGGAUCUGUGAGUGUGAGAGAAACGCCAAGUCGGUUUCAGUCUAUAGUGAGAAGUAAUCAACAGCCAAGACUGGUUGUAAAACUAAUUUCAGUAAACAAAUCAACAAAAGAUAUCCACGAUACACUGCCCGAGUCAAUAUUAACGUGCCAUCAGUACGCGCAGUUUAUCGGUCAGUAUAGAGAAAUAACAGCAGAAGUCUUGUUUCACGACGGGCGGGAUCAGUUCAGUACAGAUCUGAUAACCGAUCCUGUGAUUUCAACAUUUCCYUCGUCRUUACGAUUCACAGAUAUAAUGGACGCACUUAAGAGGCGUUGGGAAAAUCGCAAUAAAAAGGAAUUAAAGCGCUCUCAACGACGAGUAACUUCAGUAAUGAAGAACUUUUUUCGUGAGGUGUACAUGGACAGUGUCUACCCUCUGCUAAACUCAGCCCAGCUUCCACCGUUCAUAUGGGGAGAUACUAAUAGGGAAACGGAACGCUUACGAAUCAUCCUGGACUACGAAGCCCGCUCUACACUAGAAAACCUAUUCUCAACAGAAAGACUUCACAAACCAUUUAACAUCGAUAGAGUAACAUUUAAUGUCGUAUCAAAGCAUUCAAUAACUUGAUAACGAACUAAAUGGAGUCGAAAAUAAAUAUCCUGAUCACCAGCCAUAUGGAAUGCUCAGAUAUGUUCGAAUUUAUUUUCAAUGCUUCUUGGUAUUAUUUGUAAACACUGUAAAAAUCUUUUCUUUGUAUAUAUAUUUAUUUCAUUCUUGUACAAUUUCUAUAUUUAUUAAACAGUCACAAUUUUAGA